UCUUACUCUAAAAGGUCCUUACCAUUAAUGUAUGUACGAUUCCCCAGUGUUACGAUUCCCGCGAUUGCGAAUUCUCGAGUGUUGUUGUUUACCGCCAAGUGUUGCAUUUCGUUGUGGCCUGCAAAAUGAAUGAAAAACGAAUCUUGAAUGUUUAUGGUGCAUAAAUGAAUAGUGUGAAAAGGAAUUCGAAGAGUAUGUAAAUUUGGCGCUGCUCUAAUAACUAUAACAAGUACAUGGUUUCGUGCGUCUAAUCGCGGGAUCAAUCAACGGCAAAAAAAGUGUACAAGAACUUUCACAAAAUAAAGCACAAAAAAAUCUAUAAAAAAAUGAGUAAAAUAACUACACAAUGCCAGGCUAAUGGCUGUGCGAAUGCUCUAAAAGUGGCGCUCGUUGUCAUUCUAAUGUGCCAGCACUGCCAGCUGCAACGAGUGGAGGUGCCACCGGAAGCAAUUGUUGAUCCCAAAUUUAGUUCACCGAUUAUGAACAUGACAGCGCCCGUGGGACGUGAUGCCUUUCUCACAUGCGUCGUCCAGGAUUUGGGACCAUACAAGGUGGCGUGGCUGCGUGUCGACACCCAAACAAUCCUAACCAUACAAAACCAUGUAAUAACAAAAAACCAACGCAUUGGCAUUGCCAACUCGGAGCAUAAGACCUGGACAAUGCGCAUUCGUGACAUCAAAGAGUCGGACAAAGGAUGGUACAUGUGCCAAAUCAACACGGAUCCAAUGAAAAGCCAGAUGGGCUACCUCGAUGUUGUGGUACCGCCGGAUAUCCUAGAUUAUCCUACAAGCACGGACAUGGUCGUUCGCGAGGGCAGUAACGUGACGCUCAAAUGCGCUGCUACCGGUUCACCAGAGCCGACAAUUACAUGGCGACGUGAAAGUGGAGUGCCCAUCGAGCUGGCCAGCGGAGAAGAGGUGCCCAGCAUUGAAGGCACCGAUCUGAUAAUACCCAAUGUAAAGCGUCAGCAUAUGGGCGCCUAUCUGUGUAUUGCUUCCAAUGGUGUGCCCCCCUCAGUGAGCAAGCGAAUAACACUCAUUGUGCAUUUCCCACCUAUGAUCACUGUACAAAAUCAACUCAUUGGCGCUGUAGAGGGCAAAGGCGUUACUUUGGAAUGCGAAUCGGAGGCCUAUCCAAAGUCUAUCAACUACUGGACUCGCGAACGCGGCGAGAUAGUGCCGCCAGGUGGCAAAUACUCGGCAAAUGUCACGGAGAUUGGUGGUUACCGCAACUCGAUGAAACUUCACAUAAAUCCACUCUCGCAGGCGGAAUUUGGUGCCUAUAGAUGUGUGGCCAAGAACUCGCUGGGCGAUACGGAUGGCACCAUCAAGCUGUACAGAAUACCGCCUAAUGCCGUCAAUUAUGUGGAGAACUUUGAGGCGCGACACAAGGGCAAAAAGCGAACGAAAAGCUCGGAAAUGUAUCAUCCGGCUCGGGCACAGGAGCACAGCGGCGAGGAUAUGGAGAAUCCAGGCAAGAGAAAAGCCGAUUUAAGUCUCAGUGCGGAGAGCAUUGACAGCAUGUAUGGGGCGUCCUCGGCAGUGGUUCAGCACCAGACCCUCAACCGGUUACUUCUCAUCCUGGUACUAGUCCUAACGACAACGACGACGAUGGCAACGACGGCGACGGCGGCUGCGAGUAUGAUGCGAAAAACCCAGCUGCCAUUGUUGCCACAAACACUGACACAUGUUUGACACAGACGCGAAGUUGACAGCCCUGUGGCCAGCCCGAACCAACCGAACAUGGACUUCUUGCCGCCAAAUCUGGAACUGAAGUCUCAGCUGAAGCUAAAGCUUCCCCAGAAAUCUGUGGAGCUGCGAUGAUGAUUGAGUUUGUCAAUGCCAAAUGUUACUUGGUGCUGAUUUAUGGCUGCAAUGUGGUCGGUGUCGGUCUUUAGUUCAAGUUUGUCAACCAGAUUAUAUUACAUAUUCUCUCAGAUAUGUAUAUGUAGUAUAUAUCGGCAUGAUGUUAGCUCUUAAGUUAACCAGGCUUCCUACAAUUUUCCCCCGAAUAAAACGCGAGCAUGUGUUAAGGUGUUCUCUAAAUAUUUAAGACUUAGCCCCAAACAAAUUAAAGUAACCAUUGUAAAAUAACGUAAAAUAUGCAAAUCAAUUACUGGCACAUGUACAUAGAGAGCGCAAAGUAUUACAAGAGGAUAUUUCUAUAUUUUAAGCAAGGUUAAAAGUGUAUUAUAAUUAUGUAUAAUAUAUAAAUUGUGUGGGCAUAAUUAAAGAGACUGUAUGUGUGCAAAGUAAUAGUUAAUUGCAAAUUUAUUUAAAUGCUAAAAAUUAUAAUUUACAUACAAAUAUUCAUGUAAAACUAGUGUUUAAUGGAAGGCUGGGUAAAGGAGCAACGGAACAUAAAAAAAAUAAAUACAUCAAAUAAUCACAGAGAAAAUAUCAACCAAAAGAGAGAGGAAAUAAAUCAUCAUCAAAUAAGCUCCGCCAAAAUGCUCAAAAAGUUAUCCCUUAAACAAACCAUACAAAAUACAAGCUCAGCAAAAGGCUGUGUUACAGAAAAUAAUCCCGGAAAAAAUACACCCACAAUGUAUCCAUAGUUAACCUUCCUCCUCCUGAAAUAAAGUUUCAAACAUUUAAUUCAUAUUUAAACACGAAAAAACGCCAUACAUAUCAUUUACUAAAACAUACUUAAAAUAUUAAAUACUAUUUAAAAGCAAACAUUUAUCGAUAAUUUUUUAGGCAUAUUUGUUUCAAACAAACAAUCAA